CGUCUGUGUCCACAGACACUCUCGUCUUUCCUCUCAUUCCUCCCUCUUCCUGCUCCGCGGCGCUCUCUCCCCCUCUCUCCCCCUCACUCCUUCACUCCUUCACUCCUUUCUCUCCCCUCGUGCCCGUCCUCCUCGUCCGUUCUGCUUCUGUCCCGUCAGUAGAGAUUGGAUCUGUCAGAACCCAGCUCCAGACGCCCAGGCCGACUCCUGUUCCUGCCCCACCUGCAGCUUCACUGGGCAGUGAUUGGACACAGAGACGCACCUGGGACUUAAUACCAGUCAGAGCUGCCGCAGGUGGGACACGACCCCGGCCCUUUCUUCACUGAUUCACACAGGAUUAAGGCACUGCAGGAUGCUCCAGGCACAGGAGCUGGUGCAGCUGAUUUACCCUCUCUGCCAGACUUAGUCCUCGGAGGCUUCCUCACGCUCUGCUCCUGUGUUCUGAGGACGAGGGGAAAGAGAAGCGCAGUUGUAGCUGCCGCUGCUGCCACCGCACCAACCAGAUUACUCACAGGGAUGACUGGCAGUCACGCUGCUCAGGAUUAAGAGAGGAAAGAAUGGACCGGACCAUGGUUCUGAAAGAUGACUUGAGGGUGGAUUCCUGGACACCAAGAGCUGGACACCACCUGGGCUUCUUCGUCCUCCUGUCUCUUUUGUCCUGUUCCGUCCAAUCAGACGUCGUGUUUUCCAAGGAUCAUCAUUUCUCCUGGAGAGCAGGUCAGUGGGGUCAGUGCGUGGGAGACGUGUGCGGUUCUGAUGGGGUUCAGACAAGAAGCGUGUGGUGCGUUCACCUGGAGGGCUGGACCACCCACCACUCCCACUGCCCACGCACCGACAAGCCGCUGGGUCGCCGGCCCUGCUUCAAGGUCUGUGACUGGCACCAGGACCUCUUCGAGUGGGAGGUGUCCAACUGGAGCAGCUGCGUCCUCGUCCCUUUCUUCUCCAACGAGCUGAAGCUGCGGACGCCCGAAUGCAUCACAGCGCAGCACGGCGUCCAGCGGCGGCAGGUCCACUGUGUCCGCGCUUUAAACCGCACGGCCGUCACCUCCAGGAUCUGUGAGUUCUUCUCUCAAAGGCCGGCGGUGGAGCAGGCGUGCCUCGUCCCCUGUCCCCACGACUGCGUGCUCUCGCAUUUCACUCCGUGGUCAAGUUGCAGCAAAACCUGCGGCGCUGGCCUUCAACAUCGAACACGACACGUCCUGGCCACGCCCAUGUACGGAGGAGCCAGCUGUCCCGGCUUGACCGAGACAAGGACUUGUUCUAAUCCUGUCAGCUGCCCGCCUGCAGGGGGCGAGUACCAGUACACGCUGAGAGUGGGGGCCUGGAGCGACUGCCGACUCCCCCCUGACAAGGACGCACCGUCCAGUGGAAGGACAACGGUGGACUUCAGCAGCAGCGCCGCUGAGAACAACUCGGUGACACAGCACGUGUCGGCCUCUCGCCGUCAGGACCAUCAGGGCCGUCAUCAGGACCGCCAUCAUGGUCCUCACUCACACAACAAGUACCACAUGUCCUGGGAACUGGAGGUCGGGUACCAGACACGACAGGUCCGCUGCACCAGGAGUGACGGCAAGAAUGCCAUGAUGAGUCUGUGUGUCAAGGACGACCCCCCCCUCACCUACCAGGCCUGUGUGAUGUCCAAAGACUGUCACGUCUCUGACUGGUCGGCGUGGAGCCCCUGCUCUAAAACCUGUCAGUCCACUGACCUGUCUCCUGGUUACAGCCUCCGCUCACGGAUCAUGACCCAGAUCCCUGUGGGGGGGGGGAGACGGUGCCCUGCCCUGGAGGAAAAAGAAGCCUGUAACAUCAUUGGAGAUUUGCUGCCAAACUGCCCCAGGUGGGGGUGGAGGACCACUGACUGGGAUGAAUGCCACAUCCUCCCGUUACUGAGCCAACAGGAAAGGCGCUCUGCUAACUUCAGUACGCUGUGUGGAGUUGGGAUCCAGACCAGGAGGACGUACUGUGUUCAAGUCCCUGACGACUCCACAGCUCGUGUCAGGAGAGAGUUCUCCAGGCCUGUGAGUUCCAGACACUGUGCUGCUCUAGAGCCCCCCCUGGCUGUGCAGCGCUGCUCCGUCCCCUGUCAGAACCAGUGCCUGCUCACACCGUGGUCGUCGUGGAGUGGCUGUCGCCACGACAACUGUGAAGAACCACAGGGGAGGAAAGGUUUCAGACAGAGGAGGAGGGAGGUGCUGUGGGAGGUCAAGGGGUCGGCAGAACCAUGUCCACACCUGGUGGAGUCCGUCCCCUGUGAGGACCCCGCCUGCUUCCUGUGGCAGGUCCAGGAGGGGGGGGGCUGCGUCCUCAGUGGACAAACCUGUGGUCCAGGAUCUGUGGUCCAGAACGUGAGCUGUGUCAACGUGGAAGGGGAGGAGGUGUCAGCUGACCACUGUGAGGGUGACCCUCCGCCCACGCAGCUCCUCUGUGAAGUCCCGUGUGAGGAGGACUGUGUGAUUGGCUCCUGGUCCUCCUGGUCCUCCUGCUCACACAGCUGCUCCACCAAGACGUCCGAGGGUCGACAGAGUCGCACUCGCUCUGUGCUCGCCGUCCCAGGCCAAGGAGGGAAGGCGUGUCCUGCAGCUCCAGCCCUGGAGGAGUGGAAGGUCUGUAAUGACCACCCCUGUGUGGUCUAUCACUGGGAAGCCUCGGUCUGGGGUCCCUGCAUCCAAGAUACCUCCAUGUAUUUCAAUGGAACAGGCGGCCUGGGGGGGGCGCCUCCCUGUGCUGUGGGGGUGCAGAUCCGGAAAGUCAGCUGCGUAAAGACGAACGUUGGACCGGUCAUAAAUAAAAGGUGUCCAGAUUCCUCCAGACCAGAAACCAUCAGACCCUGUUUCCUUCCCUGUCAGAAAGACUGCGUCGUGACACCGUUCAGUGAGUGGACGUCCUGUCCCUCCACCUGUGUCCCAGAGAACACAAGCGUCCCCACACAGUCUCGGUACAAGGUCAUCAUUCAGAGGCCGGCUAAUGGAGGUCAAGAAUGUCCAGACACCGUGUACGAGGAGAGAGAGUGUGAAUCACUGCCACUCUGUCCAGUGUUCAGUUGGACGACGCACAAGUGGCACGGUUGCACUCUGGUUCCAGAGUCGAUUCGACGUGGAUUAAAUGGACCAGGUGAACCCUGUGGAACUGGUCUGGAAACCAGAGGCGUCAGCUGUGUCGGGGAGGGUGGAGAACCAGCCAAUAUGACGGAGUGCUCACGGUGGGCCGGCCCUUCUCCCCCUCAAUUUAGAGAAUGUCAAGUAACCUGUAAGGACGACUGCACUCUGUCCCCGUGGUCCCAGUUCUCCCAGUGCACAGGAUGUGGCACUUCAAGGAGUCGCACUCGCACCCUCACAGGUCGCAGCAAAAAGAAGGAGCAGUGUUUGAAGGAGGAGCAGUUUCCCCUGGAGGAGAGCCAGGCCUGUCCCUGUGAGGAGUAUCUGUCCCAGCCCUGUGGGAACUGGUCGGCCUGCCUUCUCCCCGCUCACUCCCUGUCAGACUCCGUGCAGGGCUGGAUGAACCCGCGGGAGGUGAAGGAAUGUGGACAAGGUCUGCGUUACAGGGCAGUGGCCUGCGUCGACCUGCGGGGCCACCUGGUGGAGCCCAGCCUGUGCACCGAUACAGGCUACGCGGUGGAGACUUGCCACGUCCCCUGUCCCCUGGACUGUAAACUCAGUGACUGGUCAGCCUGGUCCGCCUGCAGUGCAUCCUGUGACAGCGGCCUCAAGAUCCGCUCCAGGUGGCUCCGGGAGAAGGCGUUCAACGGGGGCCGUCCUUGUCCCAAGCUGGAUCUGAAAAACCAGGCUCAGGUGUACCAGGCUGUGCCGUGCUACAGUAAAUGCAGCCAGUUUGAGUGGAGACCAGACCCCUGGUCCAUCUGUACCAUCAAUGCAGUGGACGACCUGCUGGUCUGUGGGGAGGGGGUCCAGAGCCGCAAGAUCAGGUGCGUCAGGGUUGACACCAGUGGACAGACGGUCACUGUGGACGACGGUCUGUGUGACCAGGAGGAGGCGCCACCAAGAGCUCAGGUCUGCGUCCUGGCCUGUCCUAAAGACUGUGUCGUGUCCAGCUGGGGGACCUGGAGCCGCUGCUCUCUGCAGUGUGACCAGGGGACGCUGAGGAACAGGAGCAGGAACGUCCUCCGCCCCCCCGCCUCACAGAACCCUGCCUGUCCAGACCUGGUCCAAUCAGAGUCCUGCAUCUUCAACAGCACCUGCUUCACCUACCACUACCAGGUCUCAGAAUGGAGCUCCUGCCACCUCGGAGAAAACGCAGUUUGUGGUGAAGGGUUGCAGUUGCGUCUCCUGAACUGUAUUCGCAGCGAUGGGAGGAUGGUGGAGCGGUGGAAGUGUGAGCAGUUCGGUCUGACCGACACGUGGACGCUCUCCCGGCCGUGUGCGGUCGACUGCCCCGUCAGCUGUUUGCUCUCUGAUUGGUCGCCGUGGGCGGAAUGCUCACGCACCUGCGGCAGCCGAGCUCAGAGUCUUCGCACACGCAGGAUCCUGCAGGAGGCUCAUGAGGAGGGUCGCCCCUGUCCCAGCCAGCUCACCCAGACCAAGCCGUGUCCCAUAAAGCCUUGCUACAUGUGGCUGUUGACUGACUGGUCCCGGUGUGUGGUUGAGGGGGCUGAGUGUGGGGAGGGGCUUCGGAGAAGGAACCUGUCCUGUGUCGUCCACUGGGGGGACUGGCCUGAAUCUCCCCCUCACAGAGUGGAGGACGAGCUGUGUGGAGACAGGAAGAAGCAGCAGAUUCAACAGGAAAUGGAACAGCCCUGCUUUGUCCCCUGUCCAGGAGACUGCCAUUUGACUGACUGGUCCUUGUGGAGCUCCUGCCAGCUGACCUGCCUGGAGGGGCGGAGCUUCGAGACCACCGGUCGCCAGGCUCGCUCCAGAGCUGUGAUCGUUCAGGUCAUGGAGAACCAGGCCAGCUGCCCACACCAAGUCUUUGAAACCCGGCCCUGCAAAGAGGGAAAAUGCCACAGUUACCACUGGAGGGCGGGCGGAUGGAGCAACAACCAGCGGGUGGUGUGGUGUCAGCGCUCGGAUGGUGUCAAUGUCACAGGGGGCUGUUUCCUGCAGAAGAAGCCGACCACGCUCAGACACUGCCAUCCUCCGUGCACCAAACCCUUUUCACACUGCACGCCGAGCGGGGUGUGUGGCUGUGAGAAGGGUUACACCGAGGUGAUGACCACGCACGGCUUCUUGGACUACUGCACCAGAACCCCGGGGCUGGACAACAACAAGAAGGCUGACGUGAAAACUAACUCUGGAAGAUUAAGACCCGGGCCGGCCCAGAACCAGGACCUGUUCAGUGAGUGGAGCCUCCCACCUGUGGGCCCCGAUGGACGAGUGAAGCUCUGGGUUUACGCCGUGACUGCCUUUGGAUUCGUCGUCAUACUCUUCGUCAUCACCCUCUCAUACCUGCUCUGUAAGCCGUCCAAAUCUACGAAGACGUCCGCCCCGCCACAGAAGCCCCUGACCCUGGCCUACGACGGUGACAUGGACAUGUAACCAGCUCUGCUCCGGGAAGACUCCCCACUGUGUUCCGAUUGUUAACACGUCCAUCACAUUCCUUCAGAUUCCUGACCCGGUUGAGCUGAGACACGUGGGCGUCACAGUGACGUGGAGCAGAUGGACUCAGUGACCAGCUCCAGUUGUUGUUGGUGAUGUCACCCAGGUGUGUGGCUGAGAACUCAGAGGUGAUAACACGACGUAUGAAAGGACCUUAGUAUUUUUUAAGUUGCUCAUAAUGGAAAAAAAGUGAACGCAGAGUUUAAGAUCCAGGGUAAAGACAGGAAGUGACAGGUGGACCCAGCAGCUCUGGAGGUUUGUCCUCCAGGAGUCCAAACAUCUUUAGGCAGCACUGAGUCACAACAUCAGAACCACUGACACCUGACUCUGAGCUUUGUUGA